UCAGUUGUGGUCGUGGUUGGUGUGUGUGUGUCGACGCAGUGUUGACCGCCAGGCAGUAGACGACAGUUUGUACAUUGCAUCUUCCCUUACUGUGCCAUAUUUCCCAAGGAGCAAUAACUCCCCCCCCCCAAAAAAAAAAAAAAUGUGCCAAGCAGUGUAUUUAGGUUUGAUGGCAGUGGCACUGAGUCUUGCGCCAGGUGCCACCCAUGCAUCUGUCAGGGUGGCGAGGCAGGCGAGUGUCGAGAGAUCGUUGGGGCUUCCCAGCAACUCCUCCUCCGUCAGACAGAACAUCCGGGACACGUUCAGCUGCGACGGACUCUCCUACGGGUAUUACGCCGAUGUGGAUAACGACUGCCAGAUCUUCCACAUCUGCUACCCUUACCUGCAGGUCGACGGAUCCACGCAGAUGUUCAAGUGGUCCUUCCUGUGUCCAGAACAGACGAUAUUCAACCAGGAAACGCUGACGUGCACAAGACCGGAAGACGCUGUUCCCUGUGAGGAAGUUGCGUCCUUUUACUUCGUCAACGGCGCCUUCGGUAAAGUUGACGAGCCUUUCAGUAGAAACGAGAUUUAGGCCUAUCGUGGCACCCUCCGUGGUACCUUGCUCUCGGCAGGUGUCAAUUUUAUGGUAGUCAUGACGACUACGUGUGCCAGAAUUAUUAUUAAUUUUAUUACUAUUUCUAGUUUUGUAGUUUAUUUUAUGUUAAAUGAUUCUAUGUUCUUUUAUUUUUUCAUAUGAACUGUUCUCGACGCCUUUAUUUUGUCUUUUUGUCCAUCGGCGUUGAGACCUAUGUCAUGGUUGUACGACUGAAUAAAUGUAUUUUCCUA